UCUAAGCCAGCCAGUGCUACAUAGGGGACCCUGUCUUAAAAAACAAAACAAAAAGCUACUUGGGCUAGGGACUUGGCUUAGUGAAUGAAGUGCUUUCUAUGCUAGUAUGAAAACGAGUUCAAAUCCCACAUAAAAGUUGGGCCCUGUAACCCAAGCCCUGAGAGGGACAGAGACAGUGGGUCCCAGGGGCUUGCUGACCAAUGCAUCUAGGAGGGGAGCUGCAGACUCAGUGAGAGACCCUGUCUCAAAAAUUGGGUGGGGCAGCAGAGGACACCUGACCCACACAUAACACCCCCCCCCAACACACACACCUCAGGUGGAGGAUUGGCUGCAGCCCUGUACAGUUCCCAGUGCUCAGCACUGCCCAAGCUCUAUUUCAUCUUCAUUCCAAAUCCCUGGAGUGAGUUGCAUCCAAAAUUUCUACAUGUGGGAACACAUCUUAAGCAACUGUCUUGGUGAAUAGUGGAGCUUGGCUAGCAUGUCACUCCCACCCCUGGGGAAGUGGAUUUAGAAGACUUCCAGAUGAGGAAACAGCUCGAGGAGACCUGCCCCCGCCCAGGUCUUCUCAGAUAAGAGCCUCUGGGGAGAGGCAGUCGGAACUCCUGAGCCAGAGCGGAGCUGGAGGGACCCAUACUUGGGUGUGGGUCUCCAUGAAUAAUUGAGGGUCUUGGAGUGCCCUGCCAGCUGUCGCCUCUCCGUGAGCGUGGGCUGGGGAGGGGGUGUCGGUGACGUCAUUUCCUCCCCCUGCGGGCCCACCGCACCUGAAUUAAAAAGCGCUGGCACCGCUGGCUGCUCAGCGGAGGACCUGGGUCCGAACACACCAAGAUGCCACGCCGUGCACCUGUCUCACAGGCACUGCUCCCGCUGCUGGCGCUGCUGCUGGGGGCCGCCUCUGCUUCUCCCCUGGCGCCCAGACCCUCCAAGGAGGAGCUGACUCGAUGUCUGGCAGAGGUGGUCACGGAGGUGCUGACACUGGGCCAGGCCCAGAGAGGCCCCUGCAUGGCUCUGCUCCACAAAGAGAUGUUCGAGACAGAGCACCAUGGCUGCAUGUCCCCUGAGAAGGGGUUGCUAGGUGGGGACUUCAAGAAGCAGGAGGUUGGAAAGAUGAGGUCCAGCCAGGAGAUAAGGGAUGAAGAAGAGGAAGAGGCAGCAGAGAGAACCCAGGUACGAGAACAGGAUGUCCACACACAGCUCCACAGCCGGCUCCACCAGGAAGAGGAGGAGAGCCGGCCAGUGGAAACCUUUGAGCAUCUGUGGAAGGACCAUCUAGAGAGAGCCAGGGGUCCCCAGAAGCGGGUGGCUGAGGCAGCCAGUGAUGAGGAGACAGCACAGUUCGAGGCAGAGGAUAAGGGAAUGCAGUUGCUGGGCAGGGGCCACAGUCUGUGGAAGGGGGCUGAGAGGGUUGGACGGGAGAAGCAUGGAGAGUCUGCACACCAUCAGCACCAGAAGGAGCAGCCAGACACAGAGGCAAAGGAGAAAGAGGAAGCAGAGGAGGAAGAGGCUUCGGAGCAGGAGGAACACGACGUGGAGCGAUUGGAGCGCAUGCAAGACCAGCUCAAGAAGGCCACAGCCAUGCUGGGGGAGGCGCUUGGGAGGGAAGGCUGACCCCACCCCCAGCUGCCUCCUGUCCAACCUACCCUAAAGCUCAGGACUGUUGACCCCAGAGCCCCUACUUCACCUGGCACCCUGCUUCCAACCCCAACUGGCAGGGACUUGGAAGCACCGAUGUGCCUUGGAAGCAUCCCUGAGUGAAUAAAGUGCAAAGAAAACAACCCUGGCUCACACUUGGCCUUGGA